GAUCCACCUCGGCGGGCCUCUACCUCGGCUCAGGUGUAUUUGGAAGCCGAUUCUCCCCUCACUCCGGAACUUACUUCGGAACCAGUUCCUGGAAAAGUCAAGGUUCCCCAAAUCGGGCUAUAUGAUGGAACAUCCGACCCGGACUCCCACCUCGGUCAUUACACCUCUUGGAUGGACCUGCACGGAGCGUCAGAUGCACUUCGGUGUCGCAUGUUUUCACUAACAUUGGGACCUCGGGCCCAGAAAUGGUACCAUUCACUUCCCCCUCACUCGAUUUGGAAAUGGCAACAAUUGAGGUCGGCUUUCCGAUCUCAUUUCAUUGGGGCCCAAGUAUGUCUCAUCCCGAAAGAGUCUCUUGCCAACAUUACCCAAAAAGAUGAUGAAAGCGUGAAAGAUUAUAUCGCCCGUUUCAACGACCGAGUUCAAAAUAUGGAACCCUGUCAUCCGGAAACUUUGCUUGUUAUGGCUAUUGCUGGGUUGAAACCAAACUCGAUUUUCCGCUGGACGUUAUGCCAAAAUAAACCGAAUACUUUUCAAGAAUUUCUCGCUCGAGCCCAACAGCAUAUCAUAGCGGAAGAAGCCAUGUCGGUUCCCGACUUCAAUUUUAACCAAAAGGCCUCUAAAGUGGGAACCGACGAAAAAAGGAAGAAUAAAUUUUUUGACAAGCAAAAUAAGACUCAAUUCAGGGGGCCUCCCCGAGGAGACCCCAACGAUCCCGAAGUCAGGGCGGCCCGAAAACAGUAUGCAACCGACGUGAAGUCCGGUUAUCAAACUGUGUACUCGGCGGGAGCAGCUACUACUUAUGCAGAAAUCAAAGGGAAGGGCAUUUUGCCAGAUCCCAAGCCACUUCGGGCACCUGAAGAAAAACUGGACAAAUCCCGAUAUUGCGAUUACCACAAGUCGCCCGGGCACAACACGGACGAGUGUUUGAGUUUGUUGGCCGCAUUGCUGCGUUUAAUCGGCCAUCCGCAGCUUAGGAAAUUCUAUCGUAAUGCUGAUUCCCAGAGGCGAGGUCCUGGGCGUCAGAUCGAAUCCUUUGAUGAUGAAGAUGACGAGGAAGACCGAGGUGCAAUGACAAAACGCAUCCGACAGGGGAAUAAAGAAGUAUUCAUAUUUACCUCGGAAACCUCUGGUUCUGCCCCUACUGAAGUUUCCCAAGGACGUAAGCGAGAUAGAUCUCCUGAACCAAUGCAAAUAACUGUCCAUCGGGUCAAUACCAACAACUCCCGGAGUACGUUGUCCCGCAGACAA